ACACGCUUCCCUCCUCCCUUCCAUGGCCUCCGCCUCCGCCUCCACCCUCGCCCCCGCCGCCUAGCCUCCCUAGGGUUUCGGGUUCCGAGAUCCACGCCGCCGACAAUGCCUCGCUCGCCGGAGCAAGUCGUGAGCGAGGUCGGCAAGCGCCUCGCGCAGCCACGCCUCGGCAAGGACGCCCUCGUCAAGCUUCUAAAGCAAGCUGAAAGUGCUUUAUCAGAGUUGAGCCAGUCCUCGUCUCUGCAAGAGGCUCUACAUCCUCUUAGUAAAUCUCUGGUCCAGACCACUUUACUUAACCAUAAGGACAAGGAUGUCAAACUUCUCGUUGCAGUUUGCUUUAUUGAAGUUAUGCGUGUCCUUGCACCUGAUCCACCUUUUAGUGAUGAAAUAUUUAAGGAAAUAUUUAGGCUAUUUAUCAGUGUAUUUGCAGACCUUGCUGAAACUAGCAGCCCAUACCUACCAAGAAGGAUUUUGAUAUUGGAAAAUGUUGCUGCACUCAGAUGCUCUGUAAUUAUGCUCGACAUUGGCUGUCAGGACUUGGUUCUUGACAUGGUUAAAGUUUUCUUCUCAGCAGUGAAGCAAGGUGUUCAGCAGAGUUUAUGCCAGGCUAUGCUAUCAAUACUGACUCAGAUAUUAAAUGAAAAGGUUACUCAGCCUCUCCUGGAUGUGAUUUUACGCAAUUUAGUAAAAGAGGAGAAGGGAGCAUCUCACAAGCUGGCGGUUGAAAUCAUCCAAAACUGUGCUGAGAAAUUAGAGCCCAUUCUUCGUACUUUCUUGUCAUCGUGCAUUUUCAAUAAGGAUGCGCCAGUUAAUGAGAUCAGGAAAUCACAUCAUAAGAUUAUCGUGGAGAUAUUCCAGUGUGCACCCAAUAUGCUUUUUGCUGUUGUUCCACACUUAACUCAUGAACUCCUGAGUGACCAAGUUGAUAUUCGCCUGGAGGCAGUUCACCUGAUUGGGAGGCUUCUUGUAUUAUCUAAUCUUCGGUUUGCUCAAGAAUACCAAUUAAUUUUUAUGGAAUUCUUGAAGAGAUUCUCUGACAAAUCUGCAGAAGUAAGAAUUGCUGCAGUUGAUGCAGCAAAAGCCUGUUACAUGGCUGUAUCGUCUGGAAAUGAAGCUAAAGAUAUUCUUACAUCGCUUGAACGGAGGUUAUUGGAUUUUGAUGACAAAGUGAGGAUCCGAGCUGUCGCUGCACUCUGUGAUUUGGCCAAAUCAAAUCUAGGAUCAUUUCCUUCUGAGGUGAUAAUUCAAGCAGCGGAGAGGUUACGUGAUAAAAAGGUAUCUGUCAGAAAGAAUGUAAUGCUUAAGUUGCUGGACCUAUACCGAGAUUACUGUAAGAAAUGCUCUAAAGGAACUGCUACAGUUAACACUCACUAUGAGCAAAUCCCAGCUAAACUUAUAAUCCUUUGUUUUAAUAAAGAUAGUGAAAUCUUCAGACCACAGAACAUGGAGCUUAUAUUUGCUGAAGAUCUCUUCCCAUCAUCACUUUCUCCAAAAGAAAGAGCAAACCACUGGGUUGAGUUCUUCUCUUAUUUCAAAUCAGAGCACAUUAAGGCUUUGCACAUCAUUUUUUCUCAGAAAAGAAGGUUGCAACUGGAGAUGCAAGAAUAUUUAUCUCUUAGAGCAAAAAAGGAGGAACCUUCAGAUGAAAUACAGAAGAAAAUUUGUGCAUCAUUCAGAAAGAUGUCUGCUGCCUUUGCAGAUUCCUCUAAUGUUGAAGAGUAUUUCAAAAAUUUGCAUCAGCUGAAGGAUAAUAACAUAUUUAAGGAUUUGGCUGAAUUGAGAAAUGAGGGCAGCAGUUUUGCAACAAUCCGGUCGAUCAGAGAUUUAUUUCUCAAGAGAAUUGGUAACAAACAUCCGCUUUACAAUUUCUGUAAGGUUCUGUCUGUAAAAUGCUCACAUUCAAUAUUUAAUCGGGAGAUGAUAUGUGCCAUUCUGGAGGCUCUUUUCUCCCGCAGAAUUGAAUUAACCAAUCAUGUGGAGGCUUCAUGUGAUCUUUUGCUGCUAGUUUCAAAGGUGUUUCCAUCAUUUUUCCAAGGCUCAGAGGAUUACCUGAUGAAGCUGUUCUCAGAAGAAUCAAUCUUGAUAAAUGAAAAGACUCUGCAAAUGUUGUCACAUUUGGUGAAGUCAGGAUGUCAUUUAUCUAUUGAUUUCAGUGGUGAUAUCUACCCAUUACUGGAGCAAAAGUGUAUAGAAGGAACACGUGCUGAAUCAAAGUAUGCUGUUGCAGCAAUUGCUUCACUGAUCCAGUCCCCAAGUGAAGAAAAAUUCAGCAGAUUAUGUGAGAAAGUUAUCGUUGCUCUAGAUGAUAAUUACAAUAUCCCAACACUAUUACAGUCAUUGGGCUUGAUAGUGGAACAUUCACCUUCUAUGUAUACGUUAUAUGACAAGCAAAUUAUUAAUUUUGUUCAGGAUAUUUUAUGCUCAACUGAGUUCAUUUCAACACCUGGACAGUUGUCACCUGAUGACAAUUCUGCAUGUAGUUUCUCCUGCAAACUGAAGAUUUAUUGUCUUAAAACUCUUGUCAAAAGUUGUUUACCAAGAAGCACGGUCCGUGAUAGAAUUGAUCAUCUUCUGAAGAUUCUGUUAGAUAUAAUUCUUGAAGAGUUCAAGCCCAUUUCACAAUGUGAAAAUGAUAGGCCAUAUCUGAAACUGGCUGCUGGGAAAUCUGUACUACAAUUAGCUGCAAGAUGGGAUUCACAUAUUUCACCAAAAUUGUUUCGCAGUGCAGUUCUCAUGGCAAGGGAUUCUUCGUAUACUGUUCGCAAAUCAUUCAUUUGCAAACUUCAUGGCCAUUUAAGGGAGCACACAAUUCCUGUUAAAUACACAUGUGCUUUUGCGUUGGCAUCAACAGAUUGCUCCAGAGAUGUUCGUACUGAAUCGACAAGGUACUUAAAUGAAGUGCUAAAGGAACAAAGAAGAUUAUUUGUUCAUCAAAACACAAGCAAGCAGUCAAUUGUAGACCAUCCAGCAUAUGCUGUGGUUUUCUUGGUCCAUACCCUAGCGUAUGAUAAAGAGUUUCCCACGAAGCUGUGUGAAAACAAGAUCUCUGCUGAAUUUUGGAGCCCACUUGUUGUAAUGUUGAGAGCACUAGUUGAAAUAGAUGAUACAGGCAGAAGUGAGCUUGGUCACAAUACCAGUUCAGUUCCCAUUCUUCUGGGGAUUUUCCGUGCUAUUCAGAAGGCUGAGGAUUUAACUGAGGCUGACGAUCUGGCUGAGUGUGGAAUCACUCAUAAACUGCACAUUCUCUCGAGAAUCGGAUUGCUUAUUGUCAAAGAACUUGAUAAGCACUACAAGAUAUCAGAUUCUCCACGUCAGAUUCUCUUGCCCUCAUCUUAUUUCAGACUGUCUGGUAGCGUGAACAAAACUGACAAAUGCUGCCAAGGAGAAUUCAUCAAUGACAGUUUUGUGAAGAGAAUCCUUGGUGCUCAUGGACCUUGUAUCAACCUGGAUGAUAAAAAAUGUUCUGAUACUGCCAAGAAGGUAUCGACAGAAUUUGCUCCUGACAGGGAAGUUUGUUCCUCAUUAAGCAACAUAGCGAGACAGAAUGCAAGCUGUAAUGAUAAAGGGAAAAGGCACAAAAGACUGGAUCAAACUACUAAUCAUAGUUUGGAGAAAGAAAAGGUGUCAUCUUGUGGUUCUGCUGGUAUGAAGGUGUCAUCUCCAGCCUCUUUAAGUUUAGCUAAGGAUACUGAUUCCAUAAACCAGAAUCAUCCAGAGAGUAGAAGCUCCACCGGGGAAACUAGAGCUUCGGAGACUGAUCGUAACUAUUCUAAUUGUAGGGAAACUGUGAUGAAAGAUACAGGCAAAGUGCUUGUUGGAAGUCGCAUCAGAUUGUGGUCAGCACGUGAUAUGUGUUAUAUCUGUGGAACUGUUGAGACAUAUGAUCAAUCAAAUGGCUUUCACAAGAUUAUCUAUGAAAACGGUGACAAGGAGUUAGUGCGCUUGGAACGUCAGAAGUGGGAGUUCAUUAAUGACAAUUUUUCAACAGUAGAGGACAUUCCCAGCUGCCAUCCCAGAUGCUGUAGUUCUUUCAAAAAAGAUCGUGGAAAGGGUUUGUCUGAUACUCAAAACCAAAAGCAAGAGAUGUUGCUUCCUGGCUCUUCCAUUAUCUGUAAUCCGGAUGAGGAUUUUGGUGAUAUUGAUGAUAAUUUUGUGGAGCGACCUUUUUCAAAUAACAAGACAGUGGCUGGUCUCAAGAAAAACAGCAAGAGAGCGCUGGAUUUGAGUAAUGCACAGAGCAGCUCUGGAUUAACCGCUUUUAAUACGGGAGAUAACGUUCGGCGUACUAGAGCAAGAAAGGUGCAACUGUAAGUCUAACCGUCACUGAUUUAUGUAGGAUAUACAUGUGCUAGUGAUUAGUGAGUAAUGUGGUCUUCACAGCAAUCUUGUUUUUCUUUUCACCCAUGUGAUUUAUGUAGGAUAUAUGAUAGAGUACUGUGGUUUUUUUAACAGAAAUCUUGGUUUUAUAACCCGUGUAACCUUCCUUGUAAAUACAAAAUUCAGAUGCCCCUGUAAAAAGGGAAAUUUAUAACUGUGCCAUCCUUUUAAUUUUGCGAAGUUAAAAUAUGUCAUUGGUAUCUCAAUAACAUGUGGAAGACACAUAAGUAAAAAUGAUAUGUUGAUGUUUAGGCAAUU